AUGGAGACACCACGCGUUUGUCUUGUAGUGCUGGGAGCGACAGACGUUGGCAAAGAGCAAGCAGGUAGCGGAGAGGCCUUCAAUCCUUAUUGUCAGGCGCAAUGCGGUGACGUUGUGUUGCGCACUGCUGCUCAGACCAGAACAAUGAAUCCAGAGUGGGCGCAGACAUUUAUCUUUGGGGUAAAGCAGCCAAUAGGUGAUGCUGUCAAUUUUAAGGUAUUCGGACUGAAUGAGCAUGCACGGGACGUUCUUCUUGGAGGGGCGAAGUUACCUAUUGCGGCGUUGACACCCGAUACAGAGACGAUGCACAAAUUGACCUUACUUGACGCUGCCGGAAAGAAUUGUGGUGAGCUAAAAGUGUCAGCGACAUAUGAGCCAAACUUUAUUGCAUCGCUCCAGAAUGAAACCACGGCAGAAAAUCCUGCGUCACCUAAGGAAUUGAUGGCUCUUGUAUCAUCAACGAAUAAUAUCACUGAACCUGCGACUAUUGAAAAAGAGCUUACAGCUGAAUACACACCAUCUCAAUCGCUUUCGACGCUUUCCGAGACUUCAGAGCCUCCAAAAGCUCCAAAUUUUUAUGUGGUGACAAUUUUAGAGGCGGCAGGACUGCUCGCUUGUGAUGGCACGGGCAUUGAGGCUACAAGCGAUCCGUACGUACGCGUUUCAUGUACUCACAAUCAGUCACAACGGACAAAAACACAGCAACAAACAUUGCACCCUACUUGGCGACAGCGAUUUUAUUUUAAAAUCGUACCUGGUGAGAAGCAGAUGCUAGAAUUGACCGUGGAAGACAGUGAUUUACUUACAGUGGAUUUCAUGGGGCGAUGUCUGAUUGAUCUGGAGGAGUUUACAAUGCUUUCUCAAGGAAAAAAGCAGACAUUCUGGCUUGCAUUAGAGCAACGGUCGGAGUCGAAAGAAAAAGAUGUACCGAGUGACUUAGGAACACAACGAAAACUGAAUUACGGAUACGGUAAAGUUUGUUUGGCUAUUGAAACGCAGUAUAUUGAUCAGAAUACUGGCAAUCUGGAGCAAGGAGAAUUUGAUAAUGUUACUCAGGUGCCGAAUGAUCGCGACUUGUGUUGCGCUGGUAGUUUCGAAGCGUCUGAAGAUGACGGGGGAAACAUCGGUAACCAUGAUGAUGAUACAAACGAAGAACUUAAUGAAAAUGAAAAUGAUGAUGACGUUAAGGUUAAGAGAGAAAAAAUCGCAGAAAAACGGAAACAGCAAGAUAAAGAGCGCGAAAAAAUCUUGGCGGAAUUAUCAAACGUGCAGUUUUUGUCUGGUGACUAUCAAAUUAGAGUGCGAAUUAUUGAAGUUCGAGAUUUGCAACCUAUGGAUUCCAAUGGUCUGUGCGAUCCAGUCAUAUGUGUGGAUUGCCUCGGACAACGUCAACAUUCUGUAGUGAAGCAAAAGCAAACGUCCUGCGUUUUCGAUGAAUAUUUUUGUUUUGACUAUAAAUUGUUAGACAAAGAUAUGGCCCAGCAAGGAAGCAUCAAGAUCUCCGUAUAUGACGCCGAUGGUCCUGGCUCGUCAGCUAAUCGAUCAACAAUCUCCCGCUCAUUUGACGAUCUCAUCGGUUUCUUUGCGAUAGACAUUCCAUAUGUAUACUUUCAACCAGAUCAUGAGUUGAAGCGGAAAUGGGUGGCUCUAAUUGGCAACGGCACAAUGAAUAGCGACAGAAUCCAAGGCUACGUCUUGCUUUCUCUUGUCGUGUUAGGACCUGGUGACAAGAUGAAGCUAUACGAUCCUGCUGAGGACAGAGACCCAAAUGAGUGCUUGGUCAAGUCUAAGUCAGAUAUUAGCUCGAUAGUGUUUGUCCCGCCGCGUGUAAAUCAGAAGCUCAAUUUUCUCGUCAUCACGAUUUAUCGAGCGGAAGAGCUGCCAGACAUGGACUAUAGUAUGAUGAUGCACGGAGGUAUUGAUGGAUAUGUUCGUGCGUAUUUUGCAGGCCAAGAUGUACUUGAAACCAAAAAAGUGACCAUGAAAGGAAGCGAAAAUCUGGUACUGCCAUUUAACCAAGAGUUGUGGUUUCCAGUUCUUAUGCCAACCAUGAGCGAUAACAUCUUCAUUUCAGUAUGGGAUUGGGACAUGACUACCGCCGAUCAGCUUGUUGCUAAUAUUGUACAGCCAUUCUCAUUUAAGCAAGUGCAACAUUAUCCUAAUCACUUCAAACAAAUUUGGGCAAACUUGUAUGGUCCCCCACCUGGGUACGAUACUGACUCCGGUCCGCUUAAAUGGAUGCAAACUCAUCCCGCUUACGCCAGUACGUAUCGUGGGCGUCUUUUAUUGUCCAUGCGUGUUGAAAGUGAACUCCAGUCAAUUAAUGAUGAAGCCCACGUAAGAAAUGUGCUUAAUUUGUCGGUCACACCAAAACUGAGGAGAUACACACUGCGUGCUGCAUUGUUCUACGGAACCGAAAUUCCUCAAUUUACAAGCAAAACCAAUUGGAACCGUAAUACGCGAAUGUCUUUAAGGGUUUCAGUGGGUCAUCGAAGUGUGGAGAGUUCGCGCGUGCCAAAUGUGUCUGGAAUCUGCAACUUCAACCAGUAUAUUGAUCUUGUUGAUCUAGAUCUUCCUGAGGACCUCGACCAAAUUCCAGACGUAUUCGUCUAUCUAUUACGUAAGACCAUGAAUGAGUCGCGAUGUAUCUGUUUCGCUCGAUUUAGAGCUCUAGAAAUUUUCAAUCAAGAUAUUGAGUCGGUUCAAGCCAUUGAUCCGCCUUAUUGGGUCGAACUCAACGAGGAUAAAGUGAUGAAUGAGCUCAGAGACCACACCCUCACGGGGAAUGUACUGUUGAAGCUGUGUCUUGACAACGCUGAACCCAAAGGCUAUAAAGAAGAAGACGUAGCUCAGAAAUGGCGACAGUACGCAAGCACGACUGUGCAGUACAUGAAAUACAUGCUCUUUGUGCAUGUAUUUCAGGGAAAAUCCUUGCCAUCGACUGACUUUGAUGGCCUUCUGGACCCUUAUGUCAAAGUGGCUUGUGUUGGGUCAGAGGGCCAGGUCAGCACACGGAUGUCAACGCGAGACCCGUGCUUUUAUGAAACAGUGGUCUUGGAUAUUGAGCUACCUCAAAACGAACUCUUUUUACCAAAGGUAUCGCUGCAAGUUUAUGAUUGGGAUCGAUACGAUACCGAUGACUACAUAGGUGGCCUAAGAUUCAGUCUAGCCGACUUUCCACGUAUGACGUCGUCCAAGUAUGCUAAAAUUCGAGCUAGCGGGGAGUACUCAGCGCCUCGCCCAAAAUGGUAUCCUAUUUGCUACGAAAAGCGUGGCGAUACUCAAGGCGAGUUGCUGUUGUCAUUCGAGCUUAUUAGUAAAGAGACACCCGACGUGAUUGUAGAGCCACCUGAGUCAAUUAUACCUCCUGCUAACGAAGGUUAUAUUGAGAUCAUGUGCCUGGGUUGCCGUGGCCUGCAAUCAACAGGAUUCAUGCCAAUUAAUACUCCGUUUGCCAAAUUCGAGGUGGGGGAUGUCACCAAAUUCACAAAUCCAUCGUCAACCCCGAGCAGUCAUAACCCAAAUUUCUUGCAACGCAUCAUUAUUCCUGUAAAGAUGCCACUUGAUUCACUCUUUGCCCCAAGGCUCAAGAUAACAGUUUAUGAUCAACUGCUUGGUGGCCUCUACAAGCCGGUGAUUGGCGUUUGUUCGGUGGAUUUAAGCAGAAAGAUGCCUUAUUCGAAUGGAGAACCAAAUCCUCUGUACGUCAACGAAUGCACCAAAAUUACUACUCAUGGAAGCAAUCCUUAUGUUGAUUAUGGGUAUGAUCUAUCAACAUUUCCGGGGACCGUACCCUCAAAUGUCCUGACUUCAACUUCGACAGCAGAGACAACUCCAACCAAAAUCAAACCGGUAAAAAUUUCAAACGUCUGCUCUUCUAGCAGAUUUGGGAUGGAAGACGAUGAGGACGAGUUACCGCACUACAUGCAUCAGCGCGAUAUUGUCAAUGGGGAGCUGGAAGACGUAUUGAAAUCUCCGUUUGAGACGUUCCCUCUUUUUCGUGGUGCUAUGCCGUCAUAUGAAGAGGUCGACGCUGGUCAUCAUUCUGCAAACACGUACCGUCCGGUUGGAAAGUUUAAGGGGUAUGUGCGUGUUCUCAAAUCUCGUCAUGAUCCGCCUCUUUUUGACUUGAACCAAUUUCUUAAUCCUCGACCUUACCUUGUUCGCGUUUACGUAUUGGAUGCAUUUAACUUACACCCGACGGACGUUAACAACAAAUGUGACCCUUACCUCCGGGUAAGCCUAGGAGACGGUCAACAUCUGGAACAAAUGUUCAACGACCGCGACAAUCAUAAACCAGAAACACUGACCCCUAAAUUUCACAAAAUGUUCGAAUUUAAGGCAGAAUUACCAGGCGCUUCGGAGCUGAAAAUUGAAGUGCUGGACUACGACUUUUAUGCUAUUCCGACACUCCCGACUGGACUUAGUAAGGCACUGAGUACAGCAAUAGGAAGUACAAUUGGUGGUGAUGACUUUGUUGGCGCCACACUUAUUGAUUUAGAAGACCGAUUGUUUGACGCAAAGUGGCAGAAGCUCGGAGUAUCACCGGAAAGUGUUGAGGUCCGAAAGCCCCUUGAAAUACGUUCGCUGUUUGCACCAUCAAGUACACUAUCACAGGGAAGUCUCAGGUUGUGGGUGGACAUUCUCACAGGAGCAGAAAUGAACAUCAUGAGACCGCUGGACAUUUCAUUACCCCCGCCACAAAUGUUUGAAGUACGCGUGAUCAUUUAUAAGGCAAAAAAUGUCACGGCAGGUGACUUUACCGGUCUGAGCGAUCUGUUUGUUAAGUGCUGGCUUCAAAAUCGCGAUGAUCGAUGUCAGAGCACUGAUACGCACUGGCGGGCAAACUUUGGCCGCGCGUCCUUUAAUUGGCGUAUGAAGUUUGACAUCGAGUUGCCGCUAGACCCAGAAAAGGAGGCUGAUCGUGGACAUCUUCACUUUCAAAUGUGGGAUCGCGACGUCAUUUAUGAUGACUGUCUCGCAGAUGCAGUUAUGGAUUUGUCUUCGUUCCUUAAGACAGCGUAUAAGACGAAACAAGCCGUCAAUGUGUUUGCCAAAUCGAAACCUAUUCGAGUUCGUGGCACUGAAAGUUUACCAUACAAAGGAAUUUCACGCGACGUGCAAUAUUCAGCAACUGAAGAUGCAGCUCGCGUGCGAAUGUCGCUUUCAAAAGAAACUGUCAUUUCUGUUGCUGAAGAUGAAGAAGAUUCCAGUGAUACGACCCGGUUGCUUCCUGGCGAUAAUGACUUUGAAGAGAAUGAAUCAGAGGCUGAAGACCUGGAAAUGGAGAAUGCCCAGUCGCUUGUCAAGUCAUUCAUGCAUCGUCUGGGUAUGGGAGAAGAUCCUGAAGAUGCCACAUGGCUCACGAUGACAACUCAUGAUUCACAAACAAGAGACCGUAUUCGUGCUGGUGAGUUGCUUGUAUCAGUGGAAAUCUUACCGAAACAUUUGGCAGAUGUACGAGCUGCUGGUCUUGGCCGUGGAGAACCCAACAAUUUUCCUUACUUACCGGAGCCAGCUGACCGUCUCCAUCUCUCUGCCAUGUGGAACCCGUGCCACGUAGUGAAGGCAUUGAUGGGGCCAAAAUACUACCGUGCGUUUGCCUCAUUCUUCCUCUGUACACUACUUUUAUUGCUUGUGCUGUUUACGGGACCGCUGAUCAAUGUGCUUUUGACACUAUUCGAGCUGAUUCCAAACCCACUUGGUCUCAUUUGUUUCUUCUUGUCAUUGGGACUGCUCAUUGGAUCUGUGUUGUAUUAUCUCAACCGCUGUCGUCGAGCUGUCCUUCGCAUUGCAGACGGAGACAACUAUAAAAACGGAAAACGAAGACGUCGGGUUCGCCGAGCUCUGCGUUCAUAG